GAAGGUGCGGCCGAACAAUUACAGUUCUCGCCGCCAUUCCCUAAAGAAAAAGAAGUAACGCGAACCAGACAGUGACCGAGUCAACUCAUCCCCACUUGCUAGCAUUUUUGCUAGUAAUAGGCUAAAGCUCAUACCUUCCCCAAAUUCUUUCUCCUUAAAAAACAGCCCUUCUUUCCCACUUUCAGACACCAAUCAAUCACUCUCUUCCGCGUCUCUUCCCACUACACAAAUUCCCCUAAAUAAUUCAACAAAAACAAAACCCCAGAAUCCAUUCCCUCCUUCCCUUUUCCCCUCUUCAAAUCUUCAAAACUUUUAAAGUAACAAUCCCCUGAAUUUUGCCGACUCUUUUUUGGGAAAGUUAUGUUCUUUACCACACUUUCAUCGCAACAAAAGCAUCAUUACAUCAAAGUAUCAAAUUCCUUGUUUCUCCCCUAUCUUUAUUUCCUCUCUCCUCUUUAGCAAAUUGAUUUUAUGGAGUCUGCUGUUCUUGAUAGCAUAAUCACUAGGUUGCUUGAUGUUAAGGGUAAACCUGGUAAACAAGUUCAGAUUUCUGAGACUGAGAUCCGCCAACUUUGCCUUUUUUCUAGGGAAAUCUUCUUAAAACAGCCUAAUCUUUUGGAAAUUGAAGCUCCUGUCAAGAUUUGUGGAGAUAUUCAUGGACAGUAUUCUGAUCUCCUAAGGCUUUUUGAAUAUGGUGGAUUACCCCCAAAAUCAAAUUACUUGUUCCUAGGUGACUACGUUGAUCGUGGGAAACAGAGUCUGGAAACAAUAUGUCUUCUCCUUGCAUAUAAAAUAAAAUACCCUGAAAACUUUUUUCUUUUAAGGGGUAACCAUGAAUGCGCUUCUGUUAAUCGUAUAUAUGGAUUUUAUGACGAGUGUAAACGAAGGUUUAAUGUCAGGCUCUGGAAAGUCUUUACGGAUGCUUUUAACUGCAUACCCGUGGCAGCUCUUAUUGAUGAAAGGAUACUGUGCAUGCACGGAGGGCUUUCCCCUGACUUGCGUCAUUUGGACCAAAUCCGAAAUCUACAUCGUCCAACUGAUGUUCCAGAAAGUGGUUUGUUGUGUGAUCUACUUUGGUCCGACCCUAGUAAUGAAAUCCAAGGUUGGGGAAUGAACGAUAGAGGCGUCUCUUAUACUUUCGGCCCUGAUAAAGUUACAGAGGCCCUUCAGAAGCUGGAUCUUGAUCUUAUCUGUCGUGCACACCAGGUUGUUGAGGAUGGAUACGAGUUCUUUGCUAAUAGGCAGCUUGUUACUAUAUUUUCAGCACCUAAUUACUGUGGCGAGUUUGAUAAUGCUGGAGCUAUGAUGAGUGUUGAUGAAACUUUAAUGUGUUCGUUCCAAAUACUAAAGCCUGCAGAUAAAAGGCCAAAGUUCGGCUUUGGCAGCACAACCACUUCCAAGACUGGGGCUCCAACUAAGGUUAAGUCUUUCUUUGGGGGAAGAGUAUGACAGGAACAAGCAUCUUGAAGAAGUCACUUGUAGAAAGUUUCCAUUUUUGGGAAGAGCAUAAAAAAAACAACGCGUUAGAAGUUCAGCAACUGCCCCUCCUCAACGUUGUACUAUGUCAAAGUAAAACUGCGCGAACUGGGAAGGCUGCACUGAGUUAUCUAUCUGUUUAUAGGUGGUUGUCCAAGUUACCGGCGAAUGAAGGUAUACAAAUCAUGAUAAAGUUAUGUAAUGAUAAAAUAGUUGUACAAUACAAUACAAACUAAUCCAUCACUGUUAUUUUUUAAUGUCUGUCAUUUUUGUAUUUUGAGGAAAUGUUUAUAAAGUAUAUGUCUUAUUCUGUUGUUGGUGA